UUUCAUUAGACGCCGCAUGUGGCUAUGACCUUUAACCGGGCUUCCAUUCAUCCUCUAACCGGGCUUCCGCACAUGCUCUAACCGGCUUCCGCUCCUGCACGAGAGACUGAAUUAUGGAUCAGCAUAAAUGCUUUGGAGUGCUGGAAAAUAUUUGGCCUUUUACUCUGAAGAGCGAACUCUUCCAUCGGGAAAGAACAUUGAACGGCACAAAUCAGCAUGAGUGACUCAACAGAACUCACGGGCCUCAACGCAGCCAAUCUCCCCAUCAUCGACUACUCAAAAAUCGAAAAAUUCUUUUUCGAUAAAGCGCCCGAGAAUGUGGCGGAGAACGAGAAGCUGCUGAAGGCCGUCAACGAUGUUGGUUUCAUCUACCUCAAAAACCACGGCAUUUAUACAGACGAAAGAAUGCAGUGCCUGUUUGACUAUGCAAAGGAAUUCUUCGCACGGCCAGUAUCAGAGAAAGAAGAAGUUGAGUCCGCCCGCGCAGACCCAUCGACCCACACAGACACAUCCCCCCACCCCCUCUGA